AUGGCUUGCAUUGUUUUUGCUUUUAAGGCUUUGUGUUUGUCUCUCUUAUUCAUCACCGUUGCAAGUACUCGUCCGACCAACAGGCCAAAAGUUUUUAAUGUCCGACGCUAUGGAGCUAUACCUGACGGAAAAACUGAUAAUGCAAAUGCUUUCACAAAUAUAUGGAAAAGCGCAUGCAGAAGAGUAAGUAGUAGUAGUAAGAUCUACGUGCCGAAAGGAACAUUCUAUCUCGGUGGUGUAGAGUUCGUGGGACCAUGCAAAAAUAAGAUUGAAUUUGUCAUCGAUGGAACUUUACUGGCUCCUGCAAACCCUAGAGACAUUAAGCAGGACACAUGGAUCAACUUCAGAUACGUCAAUAAUCUUUAUAUCUCCGGUUCUGGUACACUCGAUGGCCAAGGGAAGCAGUCUUGGCCACUUAAUGACUGCCACAAAAACACCAAUUGUCCUAAGCUAGCUAUGACUAUGGGAUUUGCAUUUGUAAACAACUCAAGAAUCAAUGGGAUAACAUCACUUAACAGCAAAAUGGGACACUUCAACUUUUUCUCUGUUCAUCACUUCAACAUUACCGGUGUCACUAUAACGGCUCCUGACAAUAGCCCCAAUACCGAUGGACUCAAGUUCGGUUCCUCUAGCCACAUUCACAUCUCUAAUACACACAUUGGUACUGGAGACGACUGUAUCGCCAUUCUUUCUGGAACUACUAACAUGGAUAUCUCUAAUGUCAAGUGUGGUCCCGGACAUGGGAUUAGUGUCGGAAGCUUGGGGAAGAACAAAGAUGAGAAAGAUGUUAAGGACUUAAUAGUAAGAGAUACAAUUUUUAACGGCACAAGCGAUGGUAUUCGGAUUAAGACUUGGGAAUCUUCGGCGUCCAAGAUCGUCGUUUCUAAUUUUGUGUACGAGAAUAUUCAGAUGAUUAAUGUUGGAAAACCAAUCAACAUUGAUCAGAAGUAUUGUCCUCAUCCACCUUGUGAAAAGAAGGGAGAGUCUCACGUUCAGAUACAAAACCUUAAGUUAAGGAACAUAUAUGGAACGUCGAAGAAUAAAGUGGCAGUGAAUCUACAAUGUAGCAAGAGCUUUCCAUGCAAGAAUGUUGAACUCAUUGACAUUAAUCUAAAGCAUAAUGGAGUCAAAGCUGGUUCUUCCACUGCUGUGUGUAAGAAUGUUGAUGGUUUUGCUAGUGGGAAGAUGGUUCCUAAACACUGUUUGGGUUAA